GCGCUCUCUGCGUCAUGUGACCGCGUCAAAGAUGGCUGCCCACCUGAACUAUGGCAGGGUGGUCCUUAACAACCUGCGAGAGGCAGCCCGCAAGGAGUUGCGCGAGUUCCUGGAUAAGUGUGAAGGCAGCAAGGCGAUUGUUUGGGAUGAGUACCUUACUGGACCCUUUGGAUUAAUUGCCCAGUAUUCCCUGCUAAAGGAGCAUGAAGUUGAUAAGAUGUUUACUCUGAAGGAAGGAAGUUUGCCCAAAGCUGAUGUGAAAAACAUCAUUUUCUUUGUGAGGCCCAAGUUGGAGUUGAUGGAUAUCAUUGCUGAUAAUAUUCGGAGCGAAAACAGGCGUCAAGGUCAUCCCAGAGAUUUCCAUAUCCUGUUUCUGCCGCGUCGAAGCCUUCUUUGUGAGCAGCGACUUAAGGAGCAGGGGAUUCUGAUCAGCAUCACCCACAUCGAGGAAUAUAGUCUGGAUUUGAUUCCAUUUGAUAGCGACCUGCUGUCCAUGGAAGCUGAAAGUGCAUUUAGGGAAUGCUACCUUGAGAAUGAUCAGACUGUCUUAUUCCAUGCGGCCAAAGGAUUGAUGACUCUUCAAGCUUUGUACGGAACUAUUCCACAAAUAUUUGGGAAAGGUGAAUGUGCGCGGCUUGUGGCAAAUAUGAUGCUAAGAAUGAAACGCGAAUUUGCUGGAAGUACAAACCAGAUUUUGCCUGUAUUUGAUAAACUUCUGCUGCUCGAUCGUAACGUGGAUCUGUUAACACCUCUAGCGACACAGCUGACGUAUGAAGGACUGAUUGAUGAAAUAUAUGGAAUUCAAAACACAUUUGUAAAACUACCUCCUGAGAAAUUUACAGCAAGAAAGCAAAAUGAAAGUGUUCAAGAUCUUCCUACUGAACCUAAAAAACUACUGUUAAAUUCUGCAGAGGAGUUGUAUGCAGAAAUUAGAGAUAAAAAUUUCAAUGCAGUUGGCUCAGUCCUUAGUAAAAAGGCAAAGAUCAUCUCUGCUGCAUUUGAGGGAAGGCAUAACGCAAAGACAGUGGGUGAAAUCAAACAGUUUGUCUCGCAGCUUCCACACAUGCAGGCGGCAAGAACCUCUCUCGCUAAUCACACAUCUAUUGCUGAACUCAUCAAAGACAUUACAGCAUCUGAUGCCUUUUUUGAUAAUCUGACAGUGGAACAAGAGUUCAUGUCUGGGAUUGACACGGACAAGGUUAACAACUAUAUCGAAGAAGCAAUUGCACAAAAGGAAAAGUUGACAAGGGUUCUUCGACUUGUCUGUAUGCAGGCUGUAUGCAACAACGGCUUGAAGCCAAAGGUACUAGACCACUACAAGAGAGAAAUUCUGCAGACUUAUGGUUAUGAACACAUUUUAACUCUGAAUAAUCUGGAGAAGGCUGGAUUAUUAAGACCUCAAACAAGCACAAGAAAUAAUUAUCCAACAAUAAGGAAAACUCUGCGGCUUUGGAUGGAUGAUAUCAAUGAACAGAAUCCCAAUGAUAUCUCUUACGUAUAUAGUGGUUACGCUCCUCUGAGUGUUCGAUUAACACAGGUGCUGGCCCGGCCGGGCUGGCGUAGCAUCGAGGAAGUGUUAAAAAUGCUGCCAGGACCUCAUUUUGAAGAGCGACAACAAUUGCCCUCUGGAUUACAUAAAAAACGUCAGCAGGGGGAGAACAGAGUCACUCUGGUGUUCUUUCUUGGAGGUGUGACGUAUGCUGAAAUUGCCGCACUUAGAUUCUUGUCCCAGAUGGAAGAAGGAGGGACAGAAUACGUGAUCGCCACCACGAAGCUGAUAAAUGGAACCACCUGGAUUAAAUCUAUGAUGGACAAAUUGAAGGCAUCUCUAUUCUGAAAGGACAAUGCCAUGGACAAUUUUAAUCCAGAUAAACUUGUUUGAUCCUGAUGGAAUGGUGAUUGAUCCCAGUUACAUUUGGGAACGUGAUUUAUUUCAACCGAGAGGACAGAACUGAGUCAGUCAUGCAGCAGAUUUCUUAUACUCUGCAUUGCUUCUUGUGAGUGCUUAAGCUAGUUUGAUGUGGGAUUUUGUGUUGACUGCAAUAUACCAUAAGGAGCUGGCUCUUGGAAAAUGGUAUAAAAAUUGCCAUUAACCUACUUCUUGGUAUAGGUUCAUGCUGCCAAUAGAAACUUGAAGCACUCAUGAUCAUGUGAUUCACGGUAUCAUAUUGGACAUGUACAUACAUUCAUGAUCUGUUUCUGUAACUCUUCAGCCUGGAUAACAUGUUGUAUUUUAUCAUUGUAAGGAAUUUUGCAUAAUAUCCUAUAUGCAGUAUGUUAAAUAGCUGUU